AUGAUUAUUAGGAACAACUUUUUUGUGCUAGUGCUGGUUUUGGUAGAUUUUGUGGUGUCGCAGAGGAGGUGAGUUUGGGGGAGGCUAUUUGAAAUGCGCCAAGGGUGCUGGAAAUGCGUCAGCAAACCUCUGGGCUUUUAGAAAUGCGUCAGCAAACCUCUGGGUUUCUAGAAAUGCGUCAGCAAACCUCUGGGCUUCUAGAAACGCGUCAGCAAACCUCUGGGCUUCUAGAAAUGCGUCAGCAAACCUCUGGGCUUCUAGAAAUGCGUCAGCAAACCUCUGGGCUUCUAGAAAUGCGUCAGCAAACCUCUGGCCUUCUAGAAAUGCGUCAACAAACCUCUGGGCUUCUCGAAAUGCGUCAGCAAACCUCUGGGCUUUUAGAAAUGCGUCAGCAAACCUCUGAGCUUUUAGAAAUGCGUCAGCAAAUUUUCAAGUUACUAGAAAAGCGCUAGCAACGUCAUCCACCUACCAAAAUUGCGCCAACGAUUUUUGAUCUACCAAAAAAAGUGAAAUUGCUCUUCACCGCUCGUUUCGCCUAAUCCAACCUGACGUGGCGGAGCCCAUAAAACUUUGAUCUACCCCUAGUUUUCUGCACAUCACAUCCUCCCUAAAAAUCUGACUAACUCAAUUUGCCGAAAAAGUUUGGAGGAACUUUUUUAGGAAAAAAAAAAGAAGCGGGAGCGAGAGAGAGAGAGAGAGAGAGAGAGAGAGAGAGAGAGAGAGAGAGAGAGAGAGAGAGAGAGAGAGAGAGAGAGAGAGAGAGAGAGAGAGAGAGAGAGAGAGAGAGAGAGAGAGAGAGAGAGAGAGAGAGAGAGAGAGAGAGAGAACAGAGAGAGAGAGAGAACAGAGAGGUGAUUCAAUUUACAGCCAUUCAUUUCUGGAGGUGGAAUUUUUUAUUUUGCAAAAAAAAAGGAAGGGGCCUAAAAUCGUGGAAAUUUUUAGAUACCCAAAAUUCACAGGGCCUGAAUUAUCGGGCCUAAAAAUCUAGAGCCUUUUAUGCCAAGCCUAUCAUAAGCUUGUAAAAAAAGCUGAACCUGAAAAGCCUGAAUUUUAGCGAGGCCUGAAAUUUCAGCGAGGCCUUAAAUUUCAGAUGAGCCUGAAUUUUAGACCAGCCUGAUUUUUACAUGAACCUAAAUUUCAGAUCAGCCUGAGUUUUGAACCAGCCUGAAUUUUAGCGAGGCCUUAAAUUUCAGCUAAGCCUGAAUUUUAGAUGAGCCUAAAUUUCAGAUGAGCCUAAAUUUCAGAUGAGCCUGAAUUUUAGCGAGGCCUUGAUUUUUUGACUAGGCCUUGAAUUUAGACCUGCCUGAUUUUUAGACCAGCCUGAAUUUUAGACGAGCCUAAAUUUCAGAUGAGCCUGAAUUUUAGACCAGCCUGAUUUUUAGAUGAGCCUAAAUUUCAGAUGAGCCUGAAUUUUAGCGAGGCCUUGAUUUUUUGACUAGGCCUUGAAUUUAGACCUGCCUGAUUUUUAGACCAGCCUGAAUUUUAGACGAGCCUAAAUUUCAGAUGAGCCUGAAUUUUAGACCAGCCUGAUUUUUAGAUGAGCCUAAAUUUCAGAUGAGCCUGAAUUUUAGCGAGGCCUUGAUUUUUUGACUAGGCCUUGAAUUUAGACCUGCCUGAUUUUUAGACCAGCCUGAUUUUUAGAUAAGCCUGAAUUUUAGAUGAGCCUAAAUUUUAGACCAGUCUUAAAGGUACCUAAAUCUGAUAUGUUGAAAAUUUUUGUCUAGAAAAUUGAAAGGGCCUAAUAAAUAGCGAGGCCUUAAAGUUUGGAUUGAAAAUUUUAGGAUACCUAAGAUUACCAGGCCCCCUAAAAGGCCUUUAUUUUUUCAGGCCUAUAUUUAGAGGGGCCUGAAUUAUGAACAUUUUGAGAUGCCUAAACUAUGUUAGGCCUUAACAAUCGGGCCUAAAGUACCCUCAUUUUUGUCGGGCCUAAAUUUAGAUGGGCCUGAAUUUUAAAUCAGCCUUAAAGGGGGGGGCCUAAAUCCUUAAAGGUACCUAAAUUUUUGUCUAGAAAAUUGGAAGGGCCUAAUAUGAUAAGCCUGAAAAGGCCUUAAGGUUUGGGUUAAAAAUUUUAGGAUACCUAAGAUUACCAGGACUGGUAAUGCCUAAAAGGCCUUUAUUUUUUCAGGCCUAUAUCUAGAGGGGCCUGAAUUGAACCUGAAUUUUUUUAGACAUGCCUAAAGGUGCCUAGCCUGAGCUAGAUCUCAAAAUGGGGGCCUCAAGAUCCAAAUGUUUCCUUUCAGAUCCACUCACACGCUCACCGAACUCCUCGAUCGUCUCACCAACUCCUCCACCUACGACAAACGACUUCGACCCAAAUACGGUUCGGCGCCGGUAGAUGUUGGCAUCACGAUCCACGUGUCGUCGAUUUCGGCAGUGUCGGAAGUCGACAUGGAUUUCACGUUGGAUUUUUAUUUGCGACAAACGUGGCAGGAUCCAAGGCUCGCUUUUGAUGGAGUGGAUAUUGGAAACGGGUCGAUCAAUUCGUUGACGGUGAGUUGGGGGAGCGGAAGGGAAGCGGAAGGGAAGCGGAAGGGGGCGGAAGGAGUAGGUUAGGUUAGGGUGAGCCUAAGGUUAGCCUGAGGUACGCGUAGGGUAAGCCUAAGGUAGACCUAAGGUAAUCCUAAUGUAAGCCUGAGGUAAGCCUAAGGUUAGCCUAAGGUAAUCCUAAUGUAAGCCUGAGGUAAGCCUAAGGUUAGCCUAAGCUAAGCCUAAGCUAAGCCUAAGCUAAGCCUAAGCUAAGCCUAAGCUAAGCCUAAGCUAAGCCUAAGCUAAGCCUAAGCUAAGCCUAAGCUAAGCCUAAGCUAAGCCUAAGCUAAGCCUAAGCUAAGCCUAAGCUAAGCCUAAGCUAAGCCUAAGCUAAGCCUAAGCUAAGCCUAAGCUAAGCCUAAGCUAAGCCUAAGCUAAGCCUAAGCUAAGCCUAAGCUAAGCCUAAGCUAAGCCUAAGCUAAGCCUAAGCUAAGCCUAAGCUAAGCCUAAGCUAAGCCUAAGCUAAGCCUAAGCUAAGCCUAAGCUAAGCCUAAGCUAAGCCUAAGCUAAGCCUAAGCUAAGCCUAAGCUAAGCCUAAGCUAAGCCUAAGCUAAGCCUAAGCUAAGCCUAAGCUAAGCCUAAGCUAAGCCUAAGCUAAGCCUAAGCUAAGCCUAAGCUAAGCCUAAGCUAAGCCUAAGCUAAGCCUAAGCUAAGCCUAAGCUAAGCCUAAGCUAAGCCUAAGCUAAGCCUAAGCUAAGCCUAAGCUAAGCCUAAGCUAAGCCUAAGCUAAGCCUAAGCUAAGCCUAAGCUAAGCCUAAGCUAAGCCUAAGCUAAGCCUAAGCUAAGCCUAAGCUAAGCCUAAGCUAAGCCUAAGCUAAGCCUAAGCUAAGCCUAAGCUAAGCCUAAGCUAAGCCUAAGCUAAGCCUAAGCUAAGCCUAAGCUAAGCCUAAGCUAAGCCUAAGCUAAGCCUAAGCUAAGCCUAAGCUAAGCCUAAGCUAAGCCUAAGCUAAGCCUAAGCUAAGCCUAAGCUAAGCCUAAGCUAAGCCUAAGCUAAGCCUAAGCUAAGCCUAAGCUAAGCCUAAGCUAAGCCUAAGCUAAGCCUAAGCUAAGCCUAAGGUAAACCUAGGACAAGCCUAAGCUAAGCCUAAGCUAAGCCUAAGGUAAACCUAGGACAAGCCUAGAUAAGCCUGAAGUUAGCCUAAGAUAAGCCUAAGCUAAGCCUAUGAUAAGCCUAAGCUAAGUCUAAGGUAAGCCUAAGCUAAGCCUGAGCUAAGCCUAAGCUAAGCCUAAGCUAAGCCUAAGCUAAGCCUAAGCUAAGCCUAAGCUAAGCCUAAGCUAAGCCUAAGCUAAGCCUAAGCUAAGCCUAAGCUAAGCCUAGAAGUUUAGGCUUACGAACCACUUUUUUUAGGCUUAGGCUUAAGGAAAACCGUAACCUUAAGGAUUACCCUAAAGCUUCUGAGCCUUUUCCCAGGCUUAAAUCUAGUCCCGUAACUACCUUAAGUACCCUAACCCCUAAAAAUCCACGUCAUAACUACGUUUUCCUAUUUUGCAGGUCGGCGUUGAUUAUCUGGAAAAACUGUGGAAACCCGACACAUUUUUCCCCAACGAGAAAAAAUCCUAUUUCCAUUUGGCCACCACUCACAACUCAUUUCUGCGAAUCGAAAGCAACGGAACCGUCUUCACCAGUCAGAGGUUGGUUUUCAGCCGAUUUUCAGCCGCAUUUUCAGAUUCAGCGUGAAAUUUCAGCCCGGAAAAGUGCAAAAAAAAAAAUUUUUCAAAAAAGUUCCCACCGGGCAUCGAUCCCUCGACCUUUUUCCUCGAAAUUUUGUGCAUUUCAAGCUCCGCCCCCACUUUUUGAAAAAAAGUAAAAAUUUUACGAGCGCGCUGAGGAUCAGUUGAGGAUUAUAAUAUGAGCAAUAAAUGUUUCAUUUUUCGGAAAAAUAUAAAGGGACCUGCGGCAGGGUUUUGUGGGCGGAGCUUGGAAUUUUUUUUUUUGCAAUUUUGUGGCACAGAUUUGUGGGCGGAGCAAAGUUAUAUUUGGCAGUGAGAAAAAUUGCAAAUUUUCAGCUACCGCAGGGUUUUGUGGGCGGAGCUUAGGCUUUGUCAUUUUUGGUUUCGAAAAAUUGCAAAUUUUCAGCUGCCGCAGGGUUUUGUGGGCGGAGCUUAGGCUUAGUCAUGUUUGGUAUCAAAAAAUUGCAAGUUUCAAGCUGCCGCAGGGUUUUGUGGGCGGAGCUUGGAAUUUUUUUUUGCAAUUUUGCCGCAGGGUUUUGUGGGCGGAGCCUACCUUAGUCAUGUUUGGUAUCGAAAAAUUGCAAAUUGUUUAGCUGCCGCAAGGUUUUGUGGGCGGAGCUUAGCCUAGUCAUGUUUGGUAUCAAAAAAUAGCAAAUUUUCAGCUGCCGCAGGGUUUUGUGGGCGGAGCUUAGCCUAGUCAUGUUUGGUAUCAAAAAAUAGCAAAUUUUCAGCUGCCGCAGGGUUUUGUGGGCGGAGCUUAGUAAGAAAAAUUGCAAAUUUUUAGCUGCCGCAGGGUUUUGUGGGCGGAGCUUGGAAUUUUUUUUGCAAUUUUGUGGCACAGAUUUGUGGGCGGGGUUUAGCCUAGUCAUGUUUGGUAUCAAAAAAUAGCAAAUUUCCAGCUGCCGCAGGGUUUUGUGGGCGGAGCUUAGCCUAGUCAUGUUUGGUAUCAAAAAAUUGCAAAUUUCCAGCUGCCGCAGGGUUUUGUGGGCGGAGCCUACCUUUGUCAUGUUUGGUAUCAAAAAAUUGCGAAUUUUCAGCUGCCGCAGGGUUUUGUGGGCGGAGCUUAGUAAGAAAAAUUGCAAAUUUUCAGCUGCGGCAGGGUUUUGUGGGCGGAGCUUAGUAAGAAAAAUUGCAAAUUUUCAGCUGCCGCAGGGUUUUGUGGGCGGAGCUUAGUAAGAAAAAUUGCAAAUUUUCAGCUACCGCAGGGUUUUGUGGGCGGAGCCUACCUUAGUCAUGUUUGGUAUCAAAAAAUUGCAAAUUUUCAGCUGCGGCAGGGUUUUGUGGGCGGAGCCUACCUUAGUCAUGUUUGGUAUCAAAAAAUUGGCAAAUUUUCAGCUGCGGCAGGGUUUUGUGGGCGGAGCUUAGUAAGAAAAAUUGCAAAUUUUCAGCUACCGCAGGGUUUUGUGGGCGGAGCCUACCUUAGUCAUGUUUGGUAUCAAAAAAUUGCAAAUUUUCAGCUGCCGCAGGGUUUUGUGGGCGGAGCUUAGUAAGAAAAAUUGCAAAUUUUCAGCUGCGGCAGGGUUUUGUGGGCGGAGCUUAGUAAGAAAAAUUGCAAAUUUUCAGCUGCCGCAGGGUUUUGUGGGCGGAGCUUAGUAAGAAAAAUUGCAAAUUUUCAGCUACCGCAGGGUUUUGUGGGCGGAGCCUACCUUAGUCAUGUUUGGUAUCAAAAAAUUGCAAAUUUUCAGCUGCGGCAGGGUUUUGUGGGCGGAGCCUACCUUAGUCAUGUUUGGUAUCAAAAAAUUGGCAAAUUUUCAGCUGCGGCAGGGUUUUGUGGGCGGAGCUUAGUAAGAAAAAUUGCAAAUUUUCAGCUACCGCAGGGUUUUGUGGGCGGAGCCUACCUUAGUCAUGUUUGGUAUCAAAAAAUUGCAAAUUUUCUGCUGCGGCAGGGUUUUGUGGGCGGAGCUUAGUAAGAAAAAUUGCAACUUUCAAGCUGCCGCAGGGUUUUGUGGGCGGAGCCUACCUUAGUCAUGUUUGAUAUCAAAAAAUUGCAAAUUUUCUGCUGCGGCAGGGUUUUGUGGGCGGAGCUUAGUAAGAAAAAUUGCAAAUUUUCAGCUACCGCAGGGUUUUGUGGGCGGAGCCUACCUUAGUCAUGUUUGGUAUCAAAAAAUUGCAAAUUUUCUGCUGCGGCAGGGUUUUGUGGGCGGAGCUUAGUAAGAAAAAUUGCAACUUUCAAGCUGCCGCAGGGUUUUGUGGGCGGAGCCUACCUUAGUCAUGUUUGAUAUCAAAAAAUUGCAAAUUUCAGACUUACCGUAACUGCCACGUGUCCCAUGGAUCUGCAACUCUUCCCAAUGGAUUCUCAACACUGUAAACUCGAAAUUGAAAGCUGUAAGUCACCUGAAAAUUUCAGAUUUUUUGUCUGAAAAUCUGUGUGAAAUUAGUCGUGGGGUAGGCGUGCCGUUUUAUUGAUUUUUCUUUGAAAAAACCACAAAAAAAUGAGAAUUAACAUGAGCAAUGUUGUUGGAAAAAUGAGAAAUAUCGAUUUUAUUUUUUCGCCCCGCCCCUUUCUUUUUUUUCUUGUAUUCAAUUUUUUUGUACCAUGUAUACUGUAUUUUUUUUUUUUUGAAUUUUUUUAUUUUGCCGCCAAAAUUUUUUUUUUUUUUUUUUUGAAAAACGGUGAGUCGGGGAUUUUUCGGUGUUGUGAUUGGCGAUUUUUGCAUGAUUCGAUAUUUUUUGUUACACGUCACACACACGGGGUACUGUAGAUUUUGGCGCGCAAAAAUUUGAUCUACAAAUUUCCCGGAUUCUACAGUAGUCCCGGAUACUGUAGCUUUGAAAUCCACGUGGCACUUUUUUUAUUUCAAAAAUUGUUGAUCUACUAAAUUCUAGAAUUCUACAGUAGUCAUGGAUACUGUAUCCACGUGGCACUUUUUUUAUUUCAAAAAUUGUUGAUCUACAAAUUUGCUGGAUUCUACAGUAAUCCUGGAUACUGUAGCUUUGAAAUCCACGUGGCACUUUUUUCAACGCAAAAAAUUGAUCUACACAAAAUUCCAGAGCGCUUCACUACAGUAACCUCAGAGGUACUGUAGAUUUUAACUUUCGGAAAAUAGGAUUACUGUAGCUUUUGGCGCCACGUGGCACUACAGUAAUCUAUCCAAGAAGUUACAGAAAGUGUGAUCUACUAACUUUUCCAAUAUUUGAUCUACUACAGUACUUCUCUAACAAUAUACAGUAAUUCAACUAACAUUCUCUCUUGAUCUACAAAUUUUCUACAGUAACCCAAAUCAAGUUUUUGAUCUACCACUAAAUGCGUGCGUGUGUGUGACGUGUCGCUUUGCGUGUUUUCAGACGGCUACAAUAUUCUCGACAUUGUCUACGUGUCGCAUCAAAAAGGCGACAAAUUCGACUAUCAAAUCGAGUUGCCGCAAUUUGUGCUCCAAAAAAUGGAUGUGAUUAGUUAUACGAAAAAGUUGAGCUCAGGUUUGUGCGGGGAGAAAAUUUGCGAUUUUUUGAGACCAAAUAUGAGGGGGUUGGCCUAGGAAAUUGUGUUUUUGGAUUUCUAGGCCAUGUGGAAUUUUCCUGGCCUAGAAUUCCACCAUUUUUUCUAGGCCAUAUGGCGAAUUUGAUGUCAAAAUAUCCCAAAUUUCCUAGCUGGCCUAGAAAUCCAAAUCCAAAUCCUAGGCCACCUCAAUUUUCAAAUUCAAAUUUCAAAAAUGGCCUAGAAAUCCACCAUUUUUCUAGGCCAUAUGGCAAAUUUGAUUUCAAAAUAUCCCAAAUUUCCUAGCUGGCCUAGAAAUCCAAAUCCAAAUCCUAGGCCACCUCAAUUUUAGGGGUUCUAGGCCACCUGAAAGUGCAUUAGGUAAUUUAAAUAUUCAAAUUUAGUUCUCGUGGCCUAGAAAUCCAAAUCCUAGGCCACCUCAAUUUUCAAAUCCAAAUUUCAAAAAUGGCCUAGAAUUCCACCAUUUUUUCUAGGCCAUAUGGCAAAUUUGAUUUCAAAAUAUCCCGAAUUUCCUAGCUGGCCUAGAAAACCAAAUCCAAAUCCGAAUCCUAGGCCACCUCAAUUUUUUAAUUCAAAUAUCCAAAUUUCAAAAAUGGCCUAGAAAUCCACCAUUUUUUCUAGGCCAUAUGGCAAAUUUUGUUUCAAAAUAUCCCUAAUUUCCCACUUUCCCAUGGCCUAGAAAUCCAAAUCCUAGGCCACCUCAAUUUUAGGGGUUCUAGGCCACCUGAAAGAGCAUUAGGUAAUUUAAAUAUUCAAAUUUAGUUCUCGUGGCCUAGAAUUCCACCAUUUUUCUAGGCCAUACGGCAAAUUUGGUAUCAAAAUAUCCCGAAUUUCCCACUUUCCCAUGGCCUAGAAAUCCAAAUCAAAAUCCUAGGCCACCUCAAUUUUAGGGGUUCUAGGCCACCUGAAAGAGCAUUAUGUAAUCUAUCCAAAUUCAGUUCUCGUGGCCUAGAAUUCCACCAUUUUUUCUAGGCCAUAUUGCAAAUUUGAUUUCAAAAUAUCCCAAAUUUCCCACUUUCCCAUGGCCUAGAAAUCCAAAUCCAAAAAUUCUUCCAGGCGAAUACUCGCGUCUAAUUUGGUAUUUCCUUUUCCGCCGUAACAUCGGCUUCUACAUAAUUCAAAUUUAUUUGCCCUCAAUUCUGAUUGUCGUCAUUUCGUGGGUCUCGUUUUGGUUGAAUCGCGAAGCAACGCCGGCGAGAGUGGCGCUGGGUGUGACUACGGUAUUGACGAUGACUACUUUGAUGACCAUGACUAAUGUUAGUUUUUUUUGGGGGGCUUUGGGAACAGAGAGCUUCAGAAGGCUCCAGAAGGCUCCAGAGGGCUUCAGAAGGCUUCAGAAGGCUCUAGAAGGCUUCAGAAGGGUCCAGAAGGCUUCAGAGAGCUCCAGAGAGCUCCAGAGAGCUCCAGAAGGCUCCAAAAGGCUUUAGAGAGCUCCAGAAGACUCUAGACGGCUCCAGAGAGCUCCAAAAGGCUUCAGAGAGCUCUAGAAGGCUUUAGAGAGCUCCAGAGAGCUCCAGAAGGCUUUAGAAGGCUUCAGAGAGCUCUAGAAGGCUUCAGAGAGCUUCAGAAGGCUUUAGAGAGCUCCAGAAGGCUCCAGAAGGCUCAGAAGGCUUUAGGGAGCCUCAGAAGGCUCCACAGAGCUCCAGAAGGCUCCAGAAGGCUCCAGAAGGCUCCAGAGAGCUCCAGAAGGCUCUAGAAGGCUUCAGAGAGCUCCAGAAGACUUCAGAAGGCUCCAGAAGGCUUCAGAAGGCUUCAGAAGGCUCCAGAAGGCUUCAGAAGGCUUCAGAGAGCUCCAGAAGGCUCUAGAAGGCUCCAGAAGGCUCCGGAAGGCUUCAGAAGGCUUUAGAGAGCUCCAAAAGGCUCCAGAAGGCUUCUAAGGGUCCGCUAAAGGUCCUCAAAUCUAAUUUUUUUCCAGAGCUCCAUGCCAAAAGUGUCGUAUGUGAAAAGUAUCGAUAUAUUUUUGGGUGAGUCUGUUUUUUUUCUACAAAAAAAAAUUUGCGUCAACCUAAAUUUGAUUGGCGCAUUUUUUGUAGUUUUUUAGAAGCUACAGAAAAUGUGCCAAUAAAACAUGAAAUCUGUAGCCUACAAAAUACGCGUCAGCAUCGAGUGUAUAUAUUUUUGCACCAAGAUUGCGUCAAUCUAGAAUUUUCUUGACGCAAAUUUUGUAGCUAACUUGAAUUGAAUUGUGUCAAUCAAGAUCAAGCUGACCUAAAAAAAUUUUCCCUACAAAAAAUGCGUCAGCACGAUAUUCCUUGACGCAUUUUCUGUAGCUGUUUCCCACGCUUACACAAUCUGCGUCAAUCUAGAGUCCGCCUACAAAAUUGGCGUCAGCACAAUAAUUUGCUGACGCAUUUCCGGGAUGAUCUUUGAUUUUCUGACACAUUUGAUUGCAACACUUUUCUCACAUCCAACAAUUCAUCAUUUAUUUGUCGCCCUGGCAAAUUGCCGUGUAUCUUUUCUUCCAAUUUUUUAUCAUCCCGCUCAACAACUCUUUUUUUUGUGUAAUAAACAUUAUAUAAUACUAAUUGGAGUGAGAGAAAAAUGAGUGGGAGACGAAAAAUUCGGGGAUUUUUGGAGCAAAACUGGAAAAUUUCGGGUCAAGGUGAUCUAGAUUGACGCAUUUUCAAAAGCCUGCAAAAUUUGCGUCAAGGAGAUCUAGGUUGACACAUGUUUUGUAGGCUGGGAAGUUUUGGGUCAUGGAAAUCUAGAUUGACGCAUAUUUUGUAGGCUGAGAAGUUGACACAAUUUUUGUGAGUUACAGAAUCAUUGCUCAUAUUAAAUCUAAACAUGAGCAAUGCAUUUAUUUUUGAAAACUAAAAAAAUGGGGGUUUUUCUAGGCGUCAAACAGAAUUUUAUAACAUGAGCAAUGCUCCUUCAGAAAAAGCGCUAGCAAAGUUAUAGAUUGACGCAAUUUUUGUAAGGGUCAAAUCAUUGCUCAUAUUAGAAAUUUGAAAAUCUAAACAUGAGCAAUGAAUUAUUUUUCGAAAACAAAAAAAAUAGGGAUUUUUCUAGACGUCACUCAUUGCUCAUAUCAGAAUUUUAUAACAUGAGCAAUGCUCCUUCAGAAAAAGCGCUAGCAAAAUUAUGGAUUGACGCAAUUUUUGUAAGCGUCAAAUCAUUGCUCAUAUUAGAAAUUCAAAAAUCCAAACAUGAGCAAUGCAUUAUUUUCGAAAAUAAAAAAAAAUGGGGGUUUUUAGGCGUCAAAUCAUUGCUCAUGUUAGAAUUGUAUAACAUGAGCAAUGCUCCUUUAAAAAACUUUUCAGAAAGCAAAAUUAUAGAUUGACGCAAUUUUUGUGAGCAGCUACAGAAUCAUUGCUCAUAUUAAAUCUAAACAUGAGCAAUGCAUUUUUUUUUUCGAAAAUAUCAGAAUUUUCUAACAUGAGCAAUGCUCCUUUCAAAAAAAAUUUCAGAAAGCAAAAUUAUAGAUUGACGCACAAUUUUUGUAGACCAGAAAUUUCUAACAUGAGCAAUGAAGAUUUUCAAUUUUCAGAUAGAAUUUCUGAGAUUCUUAAAAUUUAUGUUUAACCUCAUUUUGUGUAGAAUUUCAGAAGCUUUCAGAAAUUUCUAACAUGAGCAAUGCUCCUUUAAAAAAUUAUUUUUUAGGCUUCAGAAAAAGCGCUAACAAAAUUAUAAAUUGACGCAAUUUUUGUAGACCAGAAAUUUCUAACAUGAGCAAUCCUUCAAAAAUCCCAAAUCUAAUUUCUUCCAGGCGUCUGUUUCAUGAUGGUCUUCUGCUCGCUUCUCGAAUACGCUGCAGUCGGCUACAUUUCAAAACGUCUGAAAUUGGUGCGAGCGCGACGCGAAGCCGACAUGCGCACACCGUCGCCGCGACGCGACACGCUCGCGGCAGAUUUGCCGCCGCCGCCAAAACGCGCCAUUUCCGUGCCCGCCUAUUUCAACAAUCAAACGUAUCGACCGUUUUAUUCGUCGACAGACAGAACUAGCAAUUUGUAUAUUCCGGAAGCGCAGAGGACCAGUAUUUUUGUGGUGAGUACUAUGGGGUACUGUAGAUGUUUGCCACGUGGCAAGUAGAGUACUGUAAUUUAGAUUAGUCUUUUUGUUAUGUAGAGAUUUGGAAAAACAAAUAAUUUAGUUUAAUUUUUGCCACGUGAGAUUACUGUAGCUCGAAAAAAUCCACAACAUUUUCAAAACAUUUUUUGUAGAUCAAAAUUCUUUCUAGGUUACUGUAGAUUUUUGUAAGAUUCCACGUGGCACUGUUUUUUUUUCCUUCCAAAAAAAAAUUACAAGUUUCUGGAACCUGUAUGUAGAUCAAGAAAAAAUUAUUGCCACGUGGCAUUUUUUUCCCCGAAAAGAUUUUUGUAGAUCAAAAUUCUAGGUUACUGUAGAGUUUUGAGAAUCCAUGUGGCAAAACUACUGUAGGUCGAUUUUUGCUACGUCAAUUCACGUGGCCCCGUAAAAUUUUUGUAGAUCAAAUUUUGUUGAUUACACUUGGAACCUAAGAUUACUGUAGGUAGAUCAAAAAAAAAUAUGUUGCCACGUGGUAUUUCAGAGUACUGUACCUUCCAGGAAGAUCGCCCAAUCACACCCAACGAGCUCACACCAAUGCUCCACAAUCGCUCCGCCUCUCAAAAUUCAAUUCUGAUCUACACCGCCGCCGCUCCUCUACCGUACCUCCACGAUGACGUCAUCCUGGGACCACGUUGGCGAUGGGCCCGACCAUCGAAUAUCGACAAAUACUCGAGGAGUAUUUUUCCUACUGUAGGCCGGCCGCUUUUUUUUUGGCGCCAAAAUGUACAGUAAUCCUGUUUUUGUAGAUCUUCAUUCUGUUCAACUUGGGAUAUUGGAUCUAUUUUCUACAAGUUAGCCGAAUUCAACAAGCCGAGAAGACAAAACAUCCGAUUUUAUAAUUUUUUUUUCAUGUUUUUUGUGUUAUUUUAUUCUAUUCUCACCACAUUGCUCAUGUUAGUUUUUGAAUUUUUUUUUGCGCGCGCAAAAAAAAAUUCAAAAUUUGUAGAUCAAAUUUCGGCGCGCUACAGUAAUCUGGGAUUUCAAAAUUUCUAGUCCCAGCUGAAAAUUUAAAAAAAUUACAGAUUGUUCCUUUAAGCCUCCAAAAGUACAGUAACCUAGCCUCCAAAAAUACAGUAACCUAGCCUCCAAAAAUACAGUAACCUAGCCUCCAAAACUACAGUAACCUAGCCUCCAAAAAUACAGUAACCUAGCCUCCUAAAAUACAGUAACCUAGCCUCCAAAAAUACAGUAACCUAGCCUCCAAAAAUACAGUAACCUAGCCUCCAAAAAUACAGUAACCUAGCCGAGAAAAUUACAGUAACCUAGCCAAAAAAGAUUUUUUGUAGAUCAUAAUUUACAGUAACCUGGCCUUAGCUUAGGGUUUUCCUCACGGCAUUUCAGAAGGUUUUUUCUCUGCGUCUCUCUCUCUCUCUCUCUCUCUCUCUCUCUCUCUCUCUCUCUCUCUCUCUCUCUCUCUCUCUCUCUCUCUCUCUCUCUCUCUCUGCGUCUCUCUCUCUCUCUCUCUCUCUCUCUCUCUCUCUCUCGAUUCACCCUGUAAAAUGCCGUGGCCUACAAGUUAUCAUUUUUAAAUUUAAGCCCAGCCGAAUUUUUGUGAUCCAGGAUUCUGAAAAUCUUCUGAAAAUCUAGUUUUUGAGAAAAAAGUUCUGAAAACCUGAAAAUUAGACAUUUGACAUUCUGAAAAAGUCUGAAUAUUUUGGGAUUUUGAAAAUUAGGGUUUUCCGAGCGGUAGCGAGUGUAAACCGGAAGCUUCCGCGCAGCGGCACUGUCUUCCGCUUUAGCGGCCAGGUUCUGAAUAUUAGUUGGCCUGAGGAAUUUAUUAGAACUUAGCCUAACUUGACCGGACAGAAUUCUGAAAAUCUUUUGUGAAUUCAUAUCAAAUUUCAGAGAGUUAGCCUAACUUGAGUCAAAAAUUUUUUUCCGAGCGGUAGCGAGUGUAAACCGGAAGCUUCCGCGCAGCGGCACUAUCUUCCGCUUUAGCGGCCAGGUUCUGAAUAUUAGUUGGCCUGAUUUUCUAGAUUUAGGAGUUAGCCUAAAAUUUUUGUGAUCCAGGAUUCUGAAACCCCUCUCAUUUUCCAGACGGCUAUCAAACAGCAGACAUCGAUUAUUAUUGGGGUAAGACGAAAUUCGACGAUCAGAACAAAGCGGUGGCAUUCGACGCAAUUCAACUUCCCCAAUUCGCUCCCUCAAUGUAUCUAGUGAAUGUGACAAAUAUUGCGACAUCUUCUGGCAGAUAUGUUCGAUUGGCUUUGCAUGUGGUGCUCGUCAGGAAUAUGGGUUUUUAUACGAUGAAUAUUGUGAUUCCGUCGAUUUUGAUUGUCACUAUUUCAUGGGUGAGUUUGGAAUAAGGGUGGAAAUGCGGUCAAAAUGAGACCAAACACGGUGUAGAUCAAAUUUAGAUGCCAAAAUUUGAUCUACACCAUGUUUGGUGUCAUUCUGACCCAAAUCUCACGGCCAAUCCCAUUCCAGGUAUCAUUUUGGCUGAAUCGCGAAGCCUCUCCAGCUCGUGUUGGUCUUGGUGUCACGACUGUGCUCACAAUGACCACUCUUAUCACCACCACAAAUAAUUCGAUGCCGAAAGUGUCGUAUGUGAAAGGAUUGGAUGUUUUUUUGAAUUUUUGGUGAGUUGGGGUACUGUAGGUGUAUUUUGGUUGGAUUUUGUAGAUCUACAGUAGUCCUAGAUGUUUAGAAAAACCAAAUCUAUGUGAGAUUACCGUAGAUUCAGGUGGAUUUUGUAGAUCAAAAUUUGGCACUUAACAUCUACAGUAAUCCUAUUCAAUCUAGGUGUCAAAAAUUCCAAAAUUUCCCCAAAACCAGGAUGAGGAUUACUGUAGAUUUUAGUGCCAAAUUUUCGGAAUUUUGUAGAUCAUUUUUUUAAAUAUGAAUUCUACAGUAAUCCUAAUCAUAUUUGAUGUCUAGAAAUUCCAAAUUUAGAAGCUAAAAUCAUAUAUGAUUACUGUAGAUUCAGUUGGAAUUUUUUUGGAUUCUGUAGAUCAAAAUUUGCCACUUAACAUCUACAGUAAUCCUCAAUCAAUUAAUUGUUCCUACAGUAAUCCUAAUCAUAUUUGAUGUCUAGAAAUUCCAAAUUUAGAAGCUAAAAUUAUGUAGGAUUACUGUAGAUUCAGUUGGAAUUUUUUGGAUUUUGUAGAUCACUUUUUUUAAUAAGAAAUCUACAGUAUCCUAGUCAUAUUUGCUAUCAAAAAACGUGAAAUUUUAAUCUCAAAAUCAUGUAGGAUUACUGUAGAUUCAGUUGGAAUUUUUUUUUGGAUUUUGUAGAUCAAUUAAUUUUCUACAGUAUCCUAAUCAUAUUUGCUAUCAAAAAACGUGGAAUUUUUAUCUCAAAAUCAUCUAGGAUUACUGUAGAUUCAGUUGGAUUUUUUUUGGAUUUUGUAGAUCAUUUUUUUAAAUAUGAAUUCUACAGUAUCCUAUUCAAUCUAGGUGUCAAAAAUUCUAAAUUCAAGCUUUAAAAUCAUUCAGGAUUACUGUAGAUUUUAGUGCCAAAUUUUCGGAAUUUUGUAGAUCACGAGAAAUCUACAGUAAUCCUGAUCAUAUUUGGUGUCAAAAAACGUGGAAUUUUCUGUAGAUCACCAAUUUUUCCAGUUUCGUGAUGGUUUUCGCGUCGCUCCUCGAAUACGCCAUCGUUUCCUACAUGAAUAAGCGACUGGUUUUGAGACGCGAGAAACGUCGCAAAGCCGCCGAACAACAACAACGCAACGAGGUUCCGAUGUUCCACGCGAGUCCCAAAUCGGGCGGCCCCAAUAAUAAUGUGAGUCUCUUUGUUUUUUGGGUGACCAUUGCUCAUUUUAGUCCUACGAGAUGACAUUGAUGUCACAAAAUUCGACACCGGCUAAAACUUAUGUGCAGGUAGAUCACACAAAAAAAAAUUUGAAAAUGUUGUAAUUGCGGUGCUUCGUAGUUUGUGUUAUUUGAUGAGUAGCUAGCAAAAAAAAAGCCACGUGGCAAAAUGAUAAAAAAAUGAUACUGUAGAAAGAUUUUUGAUCUACAUCCACGUGGCACAAAGAAAACUGUAGAUCAAAAUUUUGAAAAAAAUCCACAUGGCAAAAUUUACCUUUCAAAAAAUCUAGAAACAUCCUCGAGCUACAGUACUCCAGAAAUCCACGUGUCAAAAAAAAAAUUACUGUAGAUCAAAUGUUCCACGGAAAAUGGCCAAUAUACUGUACUUUUGAUCUACAGUACCCCAAAUCCACGUGGCACAAAGAAUACUGUAGAUCAAAAUCCACGUGCCAAAAUUUAUCUUUUUAAAAAAUUGUGGAUCAAAAUUUAUUUCAAAAAAUUUGAGCUACAGUACUCCAGAAAUUCCACGUGUCAAAAAGAUUACGGUAGCUCAAAUUUCCCACUGAAAAUGGCCAAUAUACUGUACUUUUGAUCUACAGUACCCCAAAUCCACGUGGCACAAAAAAUUACGGUAGCUCAAAAUUUUGAAAAAAAAAUCCACGUGGCAAAAUUUAUCUUUUUAAAAAUUGUAGAUCAAAACUUAUUUUCAAAAAAUCUGUACUACAGUACUCCAGAAAUGCCACGUGGCACAAAAAAAUUACGGUAGAUCAAAUUUUCCUUUGAAAAUGACCAAUAUACUGUACUUUUGAUCUACAGUACUACAAACCCACGUGGCACAAAAAAUACUGUAGAUCAUAAUUUUGAAAAAAAAUUCCACGUGGCAAAAUUUAUCCUUUGAAAAAUUGUAGAUCAAAAUUUAUUUCAAAAAAUUUGAACUACAGUACUCCAGAAAUGCCACGUGUCAAGAAAAUUACUGUCUACAGUAUCCCCAAGAAUAUUCCACGUGGCACUAAAACCUCCCAGACUACUGUAGAUCACAAAUUCCAAAAAAUGAAGAUACUGUAGAUCAAGUUCAGCUUCUCUUUUCUACAGUACCCAUCUAAAUUUUUCGCGCCCAAAAAUCCAAAACUGUAGCAGAAUUUCCUGAGUUGUUGUACUAUUUUCAGUGUUUCGAACCAGCUUCCUCCUAUUUUCAGCCCCAAAAAUCCUCCAAUUCAUUCCAGGCUGAUCUCUACUUUGCCGGCCACAAUUCCUCCAUGAAUCCGCUGAUGGAAAUUCCCGAAAAUUGCGAUUGUCGCACAAUUCCCAUGAUGCAACACCCGCGAUUGGUGACAACUGACGGUGCAGGACACAACACACUGUGGCCUGCCCCGUUUGCCAAACCCAAAAAAGCCUCCAAAACGUGUUGUCAACGAUGGACGCCGGCGAAAAUCGACAAAUUGAGCAGAUAUUGUUUUCCGUUGGCGUUUUCGGUUUUUAAUAGUGCGUUCUGGGCGGGCAAAUACAGUAACCUAGCCUCCAAAAAAUACAGUAACCUGGCCUCCAAAAAUACAGUAACCUAUGGAUCAAUUCAUCUGAAGAAAAAAUGAAUUUCGCGACAUUUUUUGUCGCGAAAUUGCAAUUCGUGAAACGACACGAAAUAGACACAAAAAUAAAGGAGAAAUAUUGAAGGGACACGUAAUCCCUGCGAGACCCAACACACGAAAAAAGAAUUUCCUCUUUUAUUUCAAUAAUUUCGUGUCGUUUCGCGAAUUGCAAUUUCGCGACAAAAAAUGUCGCGAAAUUCAUUUUUUCUUCAGAUGAAUUGAUCCACUAGCCUCCAAAAAUACAGUAAGCUAGCCUUCAAAAAUACAGUAACCUAGCCAAAAAAGAUUUUUUGUAGAUCAUAAUUUACAGAGUAACCUGGCCUUAGCUUUGGGUUUUCCUCACGGCAUUUCAGAAAUUUUUUUCUCUGCGUCUCUCUCUCUCUCUCUCUCUCUCUCUCUCUCUCUCUCUCUCUCUCUCUUUUGUGAUCCAGGAUUCUGCAAAAUCUUCUGAAAAUCUAGAAAAAAGUUCUGAAAACCUGAAAAUUGGACAUUUGAGAUUCUGAAAAAGUCUGAAUAUUUUGGGAUUUUGAAAAUUAGGGUUUUCCGAGCGGUAGCGAGUGUAAACCGCAAGCUUCCGCGCAGCGGCACUGUCUUCCGCUUCAGCGGCCAGGUUCUGAAUAUUAGUUGGCCCUGAUUUUCUAGAUUUAGGAAUUUAUUAGAAAUUAGCCUAAAAUUUUUGUGAUACAGGAUUCUGAAAAUCUUCUGAAAAUCUAGUUUUUCAGAGAUCUUCCGGCCAGGUUCUGCCAACUUCCUAAAUAUUAGUUGACCUAAUUUUCUAGAUUUAGGAAUUUAUUAGAACUUAGCCUAACUUGACCGAACAGAAUUCUGAAAAUCUUUUGUGAAUUCAGAUCAAAUUUCAGAGAGUUAGCCUAACUUGAGGUCAAGUUUCGAGCGGUAGCGAGUGUAAACCGGAAGCUUCCGCGCAGCGGCACUAUCUUCCGCUUUAGCGGCCACGCCUUCACCUGGGCAUGAUUUUGAGCCUAAAAUUUCAUCUCAUUCUGAUUUCCAGCGGUCCAGCUUCCGAGUAACUCGGAAGCUGGAGCGGAAGCUGGAACCUCUAACUUCCCAGAAUCUAGAAGUUAGCCUAACUUCAACCUAUUAUUUUUUUUCUUGCAGUUGUAUAUUGGAUCUCGAUGAAAUACCUCAGUCUUCACGCGGCCGAUGAUCUCGACAAUCGUGAACGUUGGCAAAUCAUCCAAAAAUAAUUAAUUAAUUAAUUUUUUGUGCACCACAAUUUUCGCUCCCCCUCCCUCACAAAUCUUUCACUUUCCUCCUUUCCUUUCCUUUCCUAAACUACACUAUAGUUUCUUCUGUCCAAAAAUCAAUCGAUAAUUUCUCAUUUUUCCGUCCAGCACGCCUCGAAACUUUUUUCCAGAGACACCCGAUUUCAGCUAACUCUUUUUUGGCAUGGUGUGCAGUGUGUGAUAUAUCACUUCUUCUUCUUCUUCUUCAUUUUUUGCAUGUGUACAUAUUUUUUUUUGGAGCUACAGUACUCCUGGAGUACUGUAGCUGAUCUAGGAACUUUUUUGUCACUGUCAUGGGUAUUUUUUUAAAAUGUAUUUUUUUUUGUUUUUUUUUGCAGAAAAAAUUCAAAUCAUGAAAUUGUUUUGAAAAUUAUCGAUUUUUUCAAGCUAGGAGGGUUUUUGGAGAAUGCUACAGUAAUCUUAGGGCUGAAAACCCUACAGUAAUCCUGGUAGAUCAGGGAUUACUGUAGAGCACAUUUGAUUUUUGUAGAUCAGCAAAAAAACCUAUAGUAAUCCUGGUAGAUCAGGGAUUACUGUAGGUCAAUUUUCCCGCCGAAAUUUCACAUUUUUGAGGAAAAAUUCUACAGUAACCCUGGUGGAUUACUGUAGGUUAACUAUCAGAAAAAACAUCUACAGUAACCGAGAUGAGAUUUGGAUUUCUGUAGAUCACAUUUUCGGCCCGAAAACCAAUUUGAUCUACAGUAACCGCUGAAUUACUGUAGGUCAAUUUUCACGCUUUUGAAGAAAAAUUCUACAGUAACCCUGGUGGAUUACUGUAGAUCAAUUUCCAGAACAAAUUUCUGUAGAUCACAUUUUUGGCCCCGGAAACCAAUUUGAUCUACAGUAACCUCUCUCAAAUUACUGUAGAUCAAUUUUUGGCGCCAAAAAGUCCUCCAAAUACCCUCCAAAAUUUGAGGUCAAAUAUUUUUUUUAUAUUUUUUUUGUAUUUUUUAUGUACCGAUUUUUUUAUUGCUCACCCCAAAAAAAAAAAAAAAAAAAAAAAAAAAAAAAAAAAAAAAAAUUCAGAUGGUCACUCGAUGAACGACGUGGAAUACAAUUGGUGCGGCCUAUCGCGGCGGCCGAAUUGCACAGAUUCGGUCCGGGCCGAUUCGGUCGAGUUGGCCAGCUACAAGUUUGUCGAGAUUUGUAAGAGGCGCACGGUGGCCGUGACGUCAUCAGGUGAGUUUUGGGCUUAGAAUGUUCCUUAGGCUUAGGAUGUUCCUUAGGCUUAGGAUGUUUCUUAAGCUUAGGAUGUUCCUUAGGCUUAGGAUGUUCCUUAGGCUUAGGAUGUUUCUUAAGCUUAGGAUGUUCCUUAGGCUUAGGAUGUUCCUUAGGCUUAGGAUGUUCCCUUUAGGCUUAGGCUUAGGCUAAUGUUUCAGGUUAGGCUUAGAAUGUUCCUUAGGCUUGGGGUGUUUCUUAGGCUUAGGAUGUUCCUUAGGCUUAGGAUGUUCCUUAGGCUUAGGAUGUUUCUUAGGCUUAGAUUGUUCCUUAGGCUUAGAAUGUUCCUUAGGCUUGGGGUGUUUCUUAGGCUUAGGAUGUUCCUUAGGCUUAGGAUGUUCUUUAGGCUUAGGAAGUUCCUUAGGCUUAGCAUGUUCCUUAGGCUUAGGAUGUUCCUUAGGCUUAGGAUGUUCCUUAGGCUUAGGAUGUUCCUUAGGCUUAGGAUGUUCCUUAGGCUUAGAAUGUUCCUUAGGCUUAUGAUGUUUCUUAGGCUUAGGAUGUUCCUUAGGCUUAGGAUGUUCCUUAGGCUUAGAAUGUUCCUUAGGCUUAGGAUGUUCCUUAGGCUUAGGAUGUUCCUUAGGCUUAGGAUGUUCCUUAGGCUUAGGAUGUUCCUUGGGCUUAGAAUGUUCCUUAGGCUUAGGCUUAAGCUAGGCUUUAGGCUUAGGCUUAAGCUAGAACCCUAAGCCUGAAUCCAAAGCCUAACUCAUCUGAAGCCCCCUAUAAUUCCACGUGGCAAAUCCAAACAAUUUUUUUCAGGCUCAUAUUCGAGAUUGGCUGUGAUUUUUGUACUGGAUCGACAAUGCGGCUUCUAUUUUCUGCAAAUUUUCUUCCCGGCUAGUUUGGUCGUGGUUUUGUCGUGGGUGAGUGAGCUCAAGCGGAGCAGGGAUAAGCUGCUCAAACUUCCCCACAAUUUCCAGAUCUCAUUCUGGAUCUCCCGCGACUCUGCGCCCUCUCGAACGCUCAUCGGAACAAUGACAAUCCUCACCGAAACCCAUCUAAUGACCGGCACAAAUCGUCGUCUUCCCCCAGUUGGUUAUGUCAAAGCCGUCGAUAUUUUUCUAGGAUUCUGCUAUCUUUCAGUGGUUUUGGCUCUGAUUGAAUAUGCGUGUGUUGCAUAUUCGAAGAAGAAAAAUGAGGAUCGAAGGAGGAAGGAGAAGAAGACGGAGCACAAGCCAGCUCCACCUACACCUGAUAUUCUGCACGAUGUGAGAUUGGCUGAAUGUACGUGUAAUGCGGCGCCAACUUCGAUUAUUGCAGUGAUCAAGCAGCCGAAUUCGUUUUGUGUUAGACAUAGUCAUGUGGAUAUUUUUAGUCGGAUUAUGUUUCCGGUUGUGGUGAGUGCUUAUCAAAAAAAAAAAAAAAAUUUUAAAUUGGUGUGUGCAAACACUACGACGCACUAUUGCGUACAUGAAGCUUCGUGGGUGGUCUAUCGCUUGAGCAGCCAAGUUACCCUAACUGUGUAGACCGCAAGCUUCCGCGUCAGCGGCCACGUCAUAGCAAUCCGCGUGGCCGCUGACGCGGAAGCUUGCGGUCUACACUCGCUCCGCUCGAAUCCAUUUUUCAUUUUAUUUUCAAAAAAAUAUAUAUAAAUUGGUGUGUGCAAACACUACGACGCACCUUUGCGUACACAAUAGCUUCGUGGGUGGUCUUGGUCAACCAGAAUAGCUGUCUAUCGCUUGAGCAGCCAAGUUACCCUAACUAGGAGUCGAGCGAAGCGAGUGUAGACCGCAAGCUUCCGCGUCAGCGGCCACGCGGAUUGCUAUGACGUGGCCGCUGACGCGGAAGCUUGCGGUCUACACUCGCUCCUCUCGAAUCCAUUUCUCAUUUUCCAGUUCACCCUAUUCAACAUAAUUUAUUGGACAACUUUGCUUUACCAAGCCCGUCGUCUACCGUAUAUCAGUGAACACGAAGAAAUUCGAUGCUGA